CUCCCUCUGCCCUGUCUCGGCGCUCGGCAGUCGCGCCUGGGCAAGAUGGCGGCGCCCAUGGCGGCGGCCAUGGCGGCGUGUCGGUGAGCGCGGGCCAUGCUGGCGCUGCUGGGCCGCGGCCUGGCCGCCGUGCUGGGCAGGGCACAGCCCGGCUGCAGUGCUGUGCUCCAGGCAGCCAGGGGCUAUGCCAGACCUGUGGCAAAGAAGAGGAAAGACAUCCCCAGCCAUCUGGAUGACCUUCCUCCCACCAUGCUGAAGAAGGAUUAUGCCAAUCUCCCAGUCAUGAGCAGCGUGGAUGAUGUGGUGAAACGGCUGCUGUCUCUGGAAAUGGCAAGUCAGAGGGAGAAGUUGAAGGUAAAGACACAGCAGCUGGUGGAGAAGGUCAGGAGGUCUCCCAAUGACAAUGGCUCCUUUGAGGUGCAAGUUGCUAUUUUGACUGCCAAGAUCCGCACGCUCGAGGAGCACCUCCAGAAGCACCCCAAGGACAAAAAGAACCGCAGGUUCAUGCUGAUGGAUCUGGACAGGAGGAGGAAGAUGCUGGGCUACCUGCGCCGGGUCAACUACAGCACCUUUGAGAAGACCUGCAAGGAGCUGGGCAUCCAGUACAGCCCCCCCCAGCCCUACAGCCGCCGCCUCACCAAGCGCUGGCUGGCCAAGAAGGCUUUGUGCAUCAAGGUGUUCCAGGAGAAGCAGAAGCUGAAGGCAGCUGAGAGACUGAAGCAGAGGAGAGAGUGGCAGGCGAGAGCAAGGGCUGCACGGGAACAGCAGGAGAAGCAGGCACAGGAGAAGCAGGCACAGGAGAAGCAGGCACAGGAGGGGACACCUGUGUAGUGGCACAGCCAGGCUGACAAUAAACACUUGCCCAAAGACCUGAA